AUGACGCUUCACACAGGGCGUUUGCUGGUCGGUCGUGAAAAGGAGCAACAGUUUUUGUUUUCAUUAAUGUGUAAAAAAAACCCUUUAUCCACAUGCUUUGUAAUCACAGGCCCUCCGGGUUGUGGCAAAUCAGUUUUAGUGUCCUCAACAUUUGAACUUCUGGAAGAGUCUUGUGGAAUGUUAUGGGUGUUAAUUAGCUGCCUAGAAAGCUUUGUGGGGACCCAAGGGACAUGUGGAGCUACUUCAUCAAGAUAUUUUCUUGAAUUGAUUUUGCAAUCGAUUAAGUGUCGUUAUCUGCCCGAAGCUGAUGUAUGUAUUAGUUGUGAAGAUACCUCCAGUUUCAUAGAUAACUUAUCUCAAAUUUUGCUAGUUAUCGGAGCUAGAAAUACCCAUGACCAGACUUGUUUGGGGUUAAUUUUCGAACAGGCUGAGAGACUGUGCGAUGGGGAAUCACUUAUCCUCCCCUUAAUAAUCAGUCUUGGAGCUUCUGUAAAUGAAAAGCUAAAUCAAUUAGGCAGUCUUCACACACUGUUGUUCACUGUCCUGGUAACUAGGUUGCCAUGGGAGAAGUUUAAUUUCGGGACAUUCAGUUUUGAACCUUAUGUUAUCUCUGUUGAAAGUUAUUCUCGUGACCAGUUGGCAAGAUUACUUACAUCUUUAUUGCCGUCUAAUGCAUCUGAAUCUCGUUUCAACAGGUUUGUUGAUUUACUGUUGACAGUUUGCUUCCCUGUUUGUCGUAACGCUGGUGAACUCAUUCAUUUAAUGAAUAUAAACUGGAAUGCUUUUAAUGAGCCUGUGAAUAAAGGCUUGGUUGCCCCGGAUGAUGAAUGGGGUCAAUGGAAGUUGGCUCAACCAUAUCUCAAAAAGUCUUUGUCUACGCUGUAUUUGCGUCAUUAUGCGGAUUCAAAUUUAGAUUAUCUGUCUACGAAAAACGCUGGGAGACAAAAUUUUUUGGAAUUACCUUAUUUGACUAGAUUUUUACUUAUUGCUGCAUUUAUGGCUUCACAUAAUCCCCGCUCAUCGGACAAAAAGCUCCUGACAAAGAACUCCGGACGUUUAAGUAUCCGUAAAAAGAAACAGGAAAAGGAAGUAUACAAGACACAAGCGGAGUUUACUGGACCUCGAAUCUUCACCCUAGAUCGCUUGUUGGCAAUAUUCUAUGCCCUAGUACAAAAUGAAUUUGCAAAAGUACCAUGCACAAGUAUUUUAAUGAGUCAAAUUGCCUGUUUAACAGCAUGUGGUCUUUUAUCGCCAAGUUCACAAUCUUUGUCUGUUGGGAAUUCAUCUACUACUGGAUUGAGUACAACAAAUAGUUCGGUUAACGCUAUAUCUGAUUUAGACCCUUUGGCUAACCCUAAAUAUCGUUGUUUGAUAAGUUUAGAAAUUGCUAAAAGUAUAGCACAGUCGGUUGACUUUGAUUUGUUAUCUCAUCUUACAGAAAAUUAUAACUCGUGA